AUGGACGUGCAUAGCUUCUCAGCUGAGGCCGCUGGUCAUAUCUUCAAUGAGAAACUGCCUGAAAGCACUCUUGCAGGCACCGGCUCUUCAAAUACGACUCCUACACAUCUAACAAUAGAUACGUACACCAGCAAUCUCCGCAGCAGUACCUCGAACUCCCCAGCCACAGCGACUCAUACUCCCAAUACUCAAAACACCGGGGAAUUAGCUCGAUUUCAAAAUCCUAACUUGCGUACUCUGCCUGCCUGGAUUCGGUCCGUCGAGGAAGUCCGGGAGGACAACGAAGAAGCUACUGCGACAGAUCGCCUACUACCCUCCCAACCCAAUGAUGUGCUUGUCGCCCAACAUAAUCAUGCUCCCCAUCCUACAUCUAGGAUCGAUUACACCCAAGAGGGCCAACUUGAAGAGGGCAUGUCGACUCCCCCUCGUCGUGAGUCCCGCUGGAAGACAUUCUCUCGCACUAUUCAGUAUCCCCGAGAAUUCGGCGAGGAGUACAAAGAAGUGACCCCAGAAUGGAUGAACGAGAAUAUGGGAAACUAUUUGGAACCAUGGCGAGGCAAUCUGCUGGAGGGUGAUAGCCCGGAGUUUCCUUUGCACAACACCACCCGCCGUCGAGAAAUUUGGUUCAAGCGUAUCCACGCCUUCUUCUUAAGGAGUCCAAUCGCACCACUCGUUCUGCGGUUGACCGUCUGGUGUUUCUCUCUCGCUGCCUUGGUACUAGGUGGAAUAAUCCAACACAUGUCAGACGAGGUCCACCAACGCCGUCAGGGCGCGUCCGCGCUGAUGGCAAUCAUCGUUGAUGCUGUUGCUCUGGUAUAUCUCAUUUACAUCACCUUCGAUGAGUACACCGCAAAGCCCCUAGGUCUGCGAUCUCCCACGGCAAAAGCCCGGCUCAUCCUGCUGGAUCUGUUUUUCAUUGUGUUUGAUUCCGCCAAUCUCAGCUUGGCGUUUAAUUCUCUGUCCGAGGUGACCGGAGCUUGCACUGAAGCCGAGAUCAAUCAGCGAGUUGAUCCUCGUAAUGAUCGAAUCUGUGAGCGACAAAAGGCCCUCGCUUCUGUCUUGCUGGUCGCUCUGGUCGCCUGGCUAAUGACAUUUGCAAUCAGCGUUCUCAGGCUUGUUGAGAGAGUGAGACAUUGA